AUGAAGUUCCUCUCUCUUGCUGCGGCAGCAGCCAGCGCUGGCUUGCUGUUACUCAACGGUGCCGCUGAGGCUGCUACCAGCCCGGCUGCUGCCGCUGGUCCCAAACCCAUUCAGGGUCCUGCUGUUGCUCCCAAUGCUCCUCCCACUCUGAAGCACAGCAGAGGAAAGGUUGCACAGCUCGAGAAGAUCAACUACCUCCCUCGAGGCUACAUUGUCGAACUCGAGGCUUCCUCUUCCAAGUCCGGGAAGCGUUCCGAUCCGCAUGCCGAGGUUCAUGAACAUCUUGCUAAGCGUGCAGGCCCAUACAAGACAAGAUAUGAGUUCGAUGACCCUCAGACCUUCGUGGGUAUGUCGGUCGUGCUCGACAGCGAUGAAGACUACCAUUCCCUUGUUUCGGCUCCAGGCGUAAAGGCUGUCUACCGAACCACGCUCCACUCGAUCCCCGCUUUCGAGCCUGUUGUUGUCUCAGAGGACUUUGUCAAGGCUGCUACCGGCAAAGAUGCCGCUGCUACUCCCAACCGCAAGAAGCGUCGCGACGAGCCCAAGAACGCUGAGCAGGGCUACAAGGACACCUUUUCCCCUCACGUCAUGAGCGGCGUCGACAAAGUUCACGAGAAGGGCUUCCUAGGCAGGGGCCAGGUCGUGGGUGUGAUCGAUACAGGAGUGGACUACCGUCAUCCAGCGCUUGGUGGCAAGCCUGGCAACCAGCCUUGCUUUGGUCCGGGAUGUUUAGUCAUCGGAGGUUAUGGCUUUGUUGACGACAAAUUCAACGGAACCAACACUCCCGUCGCCAGCUCCGAUCCGUACGAUUGCCAAGGCCACGGAAGCCACGUUACAGGCACGAUUGCUGCGAACUCCACGCUUGGCUUCACCGGCGUUGCUCCUCAUGCAAAGAUUCGAGCCUACCGCGUUUUCGGCUGCAGCGGAAGCACGCCUGACGACAUCAUCAUCGCUGCUUUGCAGAGGGCUUUCUUCGAUGGCUGUGACGUGCUCAGUCUCUCGCUUGGUGGCCCUGGCGGAUGGAGCGAAGCUCCUUCGUCUGCCGUUGCUGGCCGUAUUGCGAGUCUCGGAACGCCUUUGGCUAUCGCCAACGGAAACGACGGCGCCUUCGGAAUGGCCUAUGCUUCGAGCCCUGGAACUGGCAGUAACGUUAUGGCAGUUGGCUCAGUCCAAAACAAGGACUUGACCGGAAUCUCGGCCAAUGUGGUUCCAAGCACUCUGAGCCAGAAGAAUGUGACUCUGCUCCAAGGCUCGCCCUUCACCUUUGCCGAUGGACAGUCCAAAGUGCUCGAAGUGUACGCGACUUCAAGCAGCCUUACCGUUACCGACGACGCUUGUUCGCCUCUCCCUGACUCGACUCCUGACCUAUCGAAUAAGGUCGUUCUCAUCGGCCGUGGCACCUGCCUUUUCGCCACCAAAUUUGCUAACGCAGCUGCCAAAGGUGCCAAGUACGUGCUGGUCUACAACAGUCUCGCCUCCAUCACCUAUGUCACCACCGAUGUUGCAGGACAGCAGGCAGCCUCGUUGACACGUGACGACGGGCUCUUCAUCAAGCAGCAGAUCAACAAUGGCGUCAAGGUUUCGCUCGAUUUCAGCAACACACGCCUCGCCACUGUCCCAGACACGUCCACGGGCGGCCUGAUGAGCUCGUUCUCAACCUAUGGACCUUCGUACGAAAACAAGUUGAAUGUGCCCGUCGUCUCGGCGGUCGGAGGCAACGUGUUGAGUACGUACCCACUGGCUAAGGGUGCCUACGCUAUCCUGUCGGGAACGUCAAUGGCAACUCCUUUCAUGUCUGGUUCCAUUGCUGUCUUCCAGUCGGCUCGCGGAAAGACCUCGCCUGAAGACCUUAACAGCAUCUUUGCCAACACUGCUACUCCGAUCAAGAACGCUACCGGCGACGCUACUCUCUACGAGAGUGUGGCGCAUCAAGGAACCGGGUUAGUCGACGUCAAUAAGGCUCUUUACCAGCAGAUUGUUCUCAGCCCUACAGCUAUCGAGCUGAACGACACGAAGCACUUCAAAGGAACCCAAACCAUCACAGUCAAGAACCUGGGCAGCAAGCCUCUUGCUUACACACUUUCGCACAUUCCUGUCGGUACCGUUCAGUCUCAGGAGGACGACUCGAUCUUCUUCAACCUUGGACCCGUUGCUGUAAGCAGCAACUAUGCAAGUGUGAGGUUCAGCAAGAAGAACAUUGUGGUUCCUCCCAAAGGCACUGCCAGGUUCACCGCCACGUUCACGCCUCCAGAGGGUGUACGCACCGACAAGCUUCCCUUCUACUCUGGCUACAUCCACCUUGAACCUCAAUCUUCUGGCUACAGCGCUGCCAACAUCGCCUACGGAGGCUACAAAGCCGACACAUCCCAGACGCAAAUUCUGGACAACACCAGCGAGCUGUUUGGAGUUGGUCUUCCGGUACUUGCUGCUGCCGAUGGUAACACGUAUAUCGAGAGCGACAACACUUCGUAUAGCCUCAAGGACGUUGCCAGCUGGCCUCAAUUUGUCUACCGACUCAACUACGGAACGCCUUACUUGCAGAUCGAUAUUGUUAACGCUACCACCGAUUUCCAGCCCACGUACAACGUGGAUGGCUCGUUCAAUGCCAAGACAACUUCUGCGGCUGCCAAACACAAGAGGUUCGUCCACCACCGUCGUCAGAAUGCCCACAAGACACCGCUGCCGAUGCCUGUACCUGGUGCACCUUUGCCAAAGCCCGGGCCUGGCGGUCCUCCUGCUCACGGUGGUCCGGGUGGCCCCAAGCCCGGUCCGGGUCCGGCACCUAAGCCUGGUCCCGGUCCAGCACCCAAGCCUGGCCCUGGUCCGGCACCCAAGCCCAAGCCUGACCAGCCUGCGGGAGUCCAAUUCUCCGAUGUCAAGACAGUCGGCAUGCUGGGCAACGGUUACUGGAACGGCCGAAAUAGCGCCACGGGUCAACUCUCGGACAACUCGUAUAAUGUGCAGCUUGUCUCUCCCGACUUGACACUUCCACAAAACGGCAGCACUAAGCUCACUCCAGGUACAUACAAGGUGCUACUGCGAGUUCAGCGAGUGCUGACCGAAGGAAAGCUCGAGAGUGACUACGAGUCGUACCUAUCGCACGCUUUCACUGUUACGGCGUAA